UAUAUAUACUGCCACCAGAAACGACUCGAUAGAGAUUUGUGUGUGACUUGUUCGUCUGCAUAUCUGAUCUGGCUUUUCAUUCUCUGAGUAUUAAUCGAUCAGAGAAAAUGGGCAGGAAAUGCUCGUAUUGUGGAAACCUUGGCCACAAUUCAAGGACUUGUAAUAUUAUUCAGAGAAUUGGCUUUGAUGGUGGCCUCAAGAUCUUUGGAGUGCAAUUUGAUCUUCCUCCUCCUCCUUCGUCUUCACCUACUAAUUACAGUUAUGGCAUCAAAAGAAGUUUCAGCGUGGACUGCUUGCCGUCUUCCCAGAAAACCUUCAUGUCUACCGCAUCGUCCUCUUCAUCUUCCUCCUCCUCACGUUCCCCGCUUGAACCCAAGGACAAUUCAGAUCACAAAAUGUCUGAUUCUUAUUCAGCCGGAAGAACCCAGGAGAUGAAGAAUAAAGGAGUGCCAUGGACGGCGGAGGAGCACCGGAUAUUUCUGAUAGGGCUGAAGAAGCUGGGGAAGGGUGACUGGAGAGGCAUCUCUAAGAAUUAUGUGACAACAAGAACACCAACCCAAGUGGCCAGCCAUGCACAGAAAUAUUUCCUCCGUCAGAAUCACGCCAAUAAAAGAAAGCGCUAUCAAACGCUCCUUGAUAUGGAUGGACAAAAUAAUAACAGAGUCGAACCAGUAAAAUAUUCGCGCUUUUCUAAGCCCAUUGAAGCUGCUGGGGCUUCUGAGACUAUGAAUAUCGAUGUCAGUUGCAGCAGCUACAGCAAUGGCAAAAGGAUUUGUCUCUCUCGGUGCCUUUCAAGUUAUCAUUCAGUGCUCAAUUGGGCUGCCUCUUCACCAAAAUACGCUCUUCACGGCCUAGAACCUGAUUUAGAGCUCAGGCUUGCGGCUCCACAUUUUCUUUAA